AAGGCAAACACCAUUGAUUAGGCUGUUGAAGGAAUUCUCGAUGAACUCAAGUAUACUAGAGGAAAAGAAAAUGUCAUAUACUUUGAUGGCUGGGACGGGCUGGGGGCAUCUGCGGUCGUGCAAGCCGUAGCCCAACAGCUCGCAUCGAAUGAAAAGAAAUGGCAAUGGGGACUGCAGUUUGAGCAAGUCAUCCACAUCGACUGCUCUAAGUGGGAGAGCACAAGAGCAGUUCAGAGGGAAAUCGCAGAGCAGCUGAAUCUUCCCAAUCAGGUGAUGCAGAUGUUUGGCAAGCAAGACGAGGAGGAUGAUUUCAAUGGUAUUACUGAUCAGCAAUCUCGGGCUGGGAUAGCAGAGGUCGCAAUAGAGAUCCAGAGGAGCAUACAGGGCAGCAGGUUUUUGCUGGUUCUUCACAAUGGAAGCAACGAGGAGAUUGACAUAUCUAGCCUUGGUCUUCCUGUAUAUGAAUAUUUGACCAACAAGGUGAUAUGGACCUUCCAAGGGAGGUUUCGGAUGGAUCCCAAUAUGAAAGACAAGGCCAUCAAGAAGGAUAUAACAAAUGUUCUUCUCUCAGCUUCAUGCUACGAGAAAAACCCACAAGAUCUCUGGUACUAUCUACUGCGCAAAGAGGCUACACUAGUUGCAUAUAAGAGUGGUGUUGAUCCUGAAAUACUUGUUCAGUGCUUCUUGUAUAUGUUGACAAUACAUUGCACCAGCCGCCAUUAUGUCGACAGCGAGUAUGAUUUGGCUACCCAUGCAUGCAACUAUUGGAUAUGUGAUGGAAUCAUACAGAAAGCCACAGACAUUGCUGAAGCAUGGCAAGUUGGUGAGAGACUGCAAGGUGAUAUCCGAUGGAAUAUGGACUACCGCGACAAUGAAUUUCCCUCUCGCUUUCUAUGGUAUGCUGAGUGCGUACCACACUGGGCAUCACCAGCUCAUGGAUUUGUGCUGGUCCCUGAUGGAGUCGUUCCUAACAGAAUGUUCCAGCAUUUUGACAAGCUUGGCGUGAUGAAACUCUCAAGAUGUAGCUUUAGCUUUUCAUCACCUCCAUUUCUCUGCUGCCACAGCCUUAGAUUUUUAUGGCUUGACCACUGUCAAAACCUAGGAAAGAGAUGAGGCGCAAUUGGAAGAGGAGGACACCCCAAGGUUGUGGUCAUGCUUCCAAAGCUUAUGGGUGCUUGACCUGCGCUACACAGAUUGUGAUUGGAUCUUGUCUGCACGGAUGAUGGAUCUCAUGACCCAGCUCAGGGAGCUAAAUGUGAUGGGAGCCAAAAGCUGGGACUUUAGCCAUUUACAAGGACGGUUGCGUAACAUUCGCAAGCUCCGGUUAACAAAGUCCACCUGCUGUUCCGACACCAAUGUGUUCUCAGAUAUGGAAAGCAUGGAGCUUCUUGAUUUUUCAGGGAAUAUGGUCAGUGGUUACAUGAGAAGCUUAUCUGGCUCAGCAAGCAACAUUAACCUUGAUACUGUCAUUAUUGGUGCCUGUGGUGGGUUAAAAAUCAUCUCUUUUAGGGACUGCAAAGAAUUGAAGAACAUAUUCUUGAAAGGAUCAUUGGGGAGUCUUGAAGAGCUGGACCUCUCGGGCACAGGAGUGAAAACACUCAACUUCAGGGAAGUGGUAGCCACCUCACUCCCCAAGCAGAUCAUCCUGCUAGGCUGAGAGAAGCUCCGUGCAAUAUUGUGGCCUAAGACAUUUGAAGGGAAAGGGUGGUCUGGUUUGCUGCAUCUUGACACCACCUCAAUAUCAGCAUCAGCUGACGGAGGUGAAGCAUCACAUGCACAUCCCCUUAGCGAUCAAGCCCUCCAACAACAGAAAGAAGAAAAGUUUAACAGUGGAUGGCGGAUUUCUCUUAUGGAUACAAGGCUCCUGAGGUCGCUUUCUCCUGUAAGAGAAUUUUUAAGGGCCACAUCCGUACAUAUUGAUAUCUUUCCUGCAGCUACUGUUGGUGGUUGCAACAUCCAAGGAACAAGCAGCCACAAACUACUGCAAGUCCAACCGCACACAAGGACUAUGGUGGACUCCAUGUAUGGAUAUGUCUUGAAGGAUGGUGGCCCAGUUGGAGUGAUGGUGAUGUGGGACUGCCCUAAGAUAUUUCUUUGGGAUGAACCGAAGACAUGUAUGAUAAAGAUCAUUCAUGGACAGGGCAACAAGCUUUUGGAGGAUGCACCAAGUGCUAGCACUAGUGCUUUAUUAUUGCCUGGUUUUAUAUGCAAGCAGAGUACAUCUGUGCAUGCCUAUGAUAACUUGUCCAUCACCAAUAUCCCUCCACCUCUCGACGGAUCAGGAUGGCAGAGUCUAAGAUGGUGCCGAGUCGAGAGGUGCCCCAAGCUACACACGGUCUUCAAUAUUGGGCAGGGCAAUGGUGCGUCCAGCUUUAGGCGUCUGGAGACAUUAUGGUUGUCCCAGCUUCUGACGGCAGAGACAUUUACUACGUCAAUUCUGACCUUUUGUAGCCUGGAGUUCUUGCACCUGGACUGCUGUCCCAGGCUCUUACACGUGUUCACCUUGGCCAGCAGAAAUUCAGGGAGGUUCUUCUGUAGUUAUUUGCAGACCCUCGAGAUAGUGUACUGUGAUGAUCUAAGGGAGGUCUUCCCUUUGGCCCCUGGGCGCCAAAAACAGGAUACAAUUAUAGAAUUUCCCUAUCUGAGGAGCAUCCACCUGCAUGAGGUCCCCAAGCUGCAGCACAUAUAUGGGUGCAGGAUGUGGGCGCCUAUACUCGAGACCGUCAAGAUCCGAGGCUGUUGGAGCCUUAGGCGUCUGCCGUCCGUCGGCCGCGACACCAAGCCACCCAAGGUGGACUGCGAGAAGGCCUGGUGGGAUAACCUUGAGUGGGACGGGUUGAAUAAGUACCAUCACCCUUCCCUCUACGAGCCAAGCCACUCGCUGUACUACAAGGCCGAGCUGCCCAGAGGCACCAUACUCAGGUAAUUCACCUCUCCCGUGAAUCAACCUUCGGGCUCGUCCAACCUGAAUGCAUGUGCGUCAUCAUGCAGACCUACAUAACUGAAGCUUUCCUGCCGUGUAUAUGUUGCUUGCCCUGCUUGCUGCUUGAUUGGUUUGUGGUGUUCCCUACAUCAUCAUUGCCUUAGUGCGGUGACGCCCCUUGCAGUUUCAUUUGAUUUGGUUUGGUUUGGUUUUGGUUUGAUUUGAUUUGGCCAUCCUUGCUCGGUCCAUCAAAGCACUGUUCAUCUGGUUGCUUUCGAGCAAAUGACAAAAAUAAAUCCGAGUGCAGCAUGAGCUCCUUCUGUGUGUGGGUGUGAGUGUUUGGUGUGGUACAGUCGGCCAUCGACUGGCUGUAAUAUGUAAGCUUGAAUGAUGAUGGUGAUUAUUGUGUAUGUGGAGUUGUUUUGUUGUGGUUCGAAUAAUCAACUGAUUGUAAUUUCUAAUUUGCAACAUGAAUGGUGAUGAUGAUAGUGAUGGUUUUGUGUGUGUGGUGUGCACA